GCUUACAGUAGAAAGGACAGAUAACAAUACAGAAAUAGAAAGUGCAAGGCUUAAUUGUUAAUCACUGCUGAGGGUGUAAUACAUUCCAGAAGAAUAAAACUAAGUGAAAGAGAAGAAUGAGGAUUGCAUAAAGACUAACAGGAGUAACUAGCAAAGAGCAUGAGUGAGCUGGGAAGAUAGAUGGAGUGCCUACUGAAGCCAGACUCCACCUCUGCUGCACCUGAGGGCUUAAGGGAGCUGUCCAUCCCUCAGUGCUGGAUGUUCAUUCUGCUAGUAACACUCAAGAGCUCCUGCCUGAUUCUGUAAAUUCAUAUAAUCCCCAAAUCUCCAGAGAAGAGCAACUUCCUAACCUACUGAAUUUAAUGAAGAAUAUAACACCAGAACCACUGAGAAAAAUCUGUCUGAAAAGGAUCUUUGCUGCAUGAAAAUUGUAACUGGAAUUCAGAGCAAGAGUACCACAUCUAACCCAGUUCCGAACAGAUCUGCUGCUUUUCAAGAUUCAGACUCUGAAAGAAACUUUGAUGAGGUUGGCUGAACUGACACAGAUAAAUCAGCCACAGGGAAAAAAAACUGACGUUGGAUUGUCAGGUAUUUAUUUUUAGUCAGAACACAGAGGAAAUUGCAUUGCUGACACAGCGUAGUGUUAAAUGUCCUACAGAGACUUCUAAUAGGAUAAUUGGAAUGUGCACCUUUUAAUCUACAGGACACUGGUCAUAUCCAAAUUUAAGCUUAAAAAACAGUCACUUAUUUUAACCAUUUACCUAGAAACCUAAUUUGAAGGUAUAUAAGUUGUAAGGUUGUGCUCACAUUUGCCUACAAGGACCAUGGAAACUCUCUAAAGAAGGUGCUGAACUUAAAGAUCAGGAAAACAGUUGUGGAUCUACCGGUGGCUUUACUGUAAAGCAAUAUAUCAGAUGAGUCUUAUGGCUUGAAGAGCUGAGCUUCAGAGGGGCCUACUCACCUUCAUGGAUACCCACAACCUGUCCAUGUACAAUGAUGACAUUAACAAUGGAACCAAUGGAACUGCUGUUGAUCAGAAGCCUCAUUACAAUUACUAUGCCAUGCUCCUUACUCUUCUUAUAUUUGUCAUUGUCUUUGGCAAUGUGUUGGUGUGCAUUGCAGUUUCUAGAGAAAAAGCUCUACAAACCACAACCAAUUACCUAAUUGUCAGCUUGGCUGUGGCAGAUCUCUUGGUGGCCACAUUGGUGAUGCCUUGGGUAGUUUACAUGGAGGUGGUUGGCGAGUGGAGGUUUAGUCGGAUCCACUGUGAUAUCUUUGUCACCCUUGAUGUUAUGAUGUGUACAGCAAGUAUCCUUAAUCUAUGUGCCAUCAGCAUCGACAGGUAUACAGCGGUGGCGAUGCCUAUGUUAUAUAAUACACGCUACAGUUCCAAGCGCAGAGUGACUGUAAUGAUAUCUGUGGUUUGGGUCCUGUCAUUUGCAAUAUCCUGCCCCCUUCUGUUUGGGCUCAACAAUACAGCUUCCAAAGUUUGCAUCAUUGAUAAUCCAGCAUUUGUCAUCUAUUCAUCCAUCGUAUCCUUCUAUGUUCCUUUUAUUGUUACACUCUUGGUGUAUGUUCAAAUUUAUAUAGUACUAAGGAAGCGCAGGAAGAGGGUAAACACCAAGCGCAACAGUCAUGGAGUAGAAGUAAAUGCCCACAAGGACAAGUGCACUCAUCCUGAAGAUGUAAAGCUAUGUGCUGUAUUUGUAAAGUCCAAUGGGAGCUUCCCAACAGAUAAAAAGAAAGUGGAGGCUGGCAACCACCCAGAGGAUAUGGACGUGGAGAUGAUGUCAAGCACAUCUCCACCAGAAAAAACCAAACACAAGUCUGCUUCUCCUAAUCAUCACCAACUUGCUGUGCCAGCCACAUCAAACCAGUGCAACAAUGCCAACCUACCUUCACCGGUGGAUAGUCCUUACAAAGCUGAAAAGAAUGGACAUCCAAAAGACAGUACAAAGCCUGCCAAAGUUUUUGAAAUUCAGACAAUGCCUAAUGGGAAAACACGGACCUCCAUUAAAACAAUGAGCAAGAGAAAGCUUUCGCAACAUAAGGAAAAAAAAGCUACACAAAUGUUAGCCAUUGUAUUGGGUGUUUUCAUUAUUUGCUGGCUUCCUUUCUUCAUAAUUCACAUACUAAAUAUGCAUUGCAAUUGUAACAUUCCACAAGCCUUGUACAGCGCCUUCACUUGGCUUGGUUAUGUGAACAGUGCUGUCAAUCCAAUUAUCUAUACUACAUUUAAUGUGGAGUUCAGAAAGGCCUUCAUUAAAAUACUUCAUUGUUAAAAGACAAGAUAGAAGAAUAAUGCAGUAAUCAAUAACAAGAAGAUACAAGACACAGAAGAAACAAGCACGUCCUGGGUUCCCUUGGACUGGUGAAAAUGGUGCUUUGUGAGCAAUUAUAGCAGCUGAAUGCUGUUAUGUGGAGAGGUCUGUAAAAGGGUCAAGCUGAUGUAACUAAAACAUAGUACUGCAUUUUAAGCAAUUGUUUUGGAAUGGGGGAUAAGAGUUCUUACCAACAAGCAACAUUAAGAAGAAAAUCAAUUUCAACUGAAUUCAGCCAUCAAUAAUGACCUUACUUAAUGGUUUCAGGACACUGUAUGUCACUGCAGUCUCACCAAAGACGUUGCUAUUUUUUGCUAUUCCUCUUUUUCAUAGCAGAAAAGUUACGAUUUGCAGGGACAACACUGUGAAUACCAGUGAAACUAUAUAUUUUUCUGGAAACUGAACACCCUACACACUUCUGGUUGUGUGCCUUGGGUUUCUAUGGAAGUGAUGUUAACGUAAGCUUUCUUAAUCAUUUGACCCAAAAGAGUAAAAAUCAACACAAGACAACAAUGUUGAGGCAGCCUUAUGCUUACAAGUGUAAAUAUAGCAAGAAUAAUUUGAAAGAAGCCCAAGCAAAAAAGUAUAUAUAUAUAUAUAUUAUAUAGAAAAAUAAAAUCUGUACUGCAUGGUGUGUGUUACAUUAAAGGACUACCAUUGUCACACCAUAUCUAUACCGUUGGGAUUUAAUACUAAACACCUUUUACAAUCA